AAAAAUGGUUCUUCUUAUUAUACACGAACACCCGAACAAACCGGCCUACAAUUGAUUUUCUUUAACUUUUCAAAUCACGGAGCCGUAUUUAUCACCAGAUUCAUUUACUUUUUGUUGGUUUAAUACAAUUUGGCGGUUUGAAAUCAUUGGGUUUCUGCAUUAAUUUGCGGUAAUUGGGUGAUUCAGAGUUCGACCGGCGUUCAACUGAUUGAAUUUGUUUGGUUUUCUGUUGAUUUGAUCAGAAAAAAAGGACGAUGAGCGCUGCCUUUGAAGGCUACGAGAAGCAAUACUGCGAGCUCUCCGCCAAUUUGGCGAAGAAGUGGUCGUCGGCUAGCCUACUCGAUGGAGAACUGCUGUUGGAUUCAGAAAAUUUGCAAGAGCAAAAGAAGCAAAAGAUUUUCGAAACCAAUACUGGAAUCGAUCAGGCGGAAGCUUUGAUCCGGAAGAUGGACAUUGAGGCCCGGGGUUUGCAACCAAAUAUCAAAGCAGUGCUUCUUGCCAAGCUGAGAGAAUACAAGUCUGACCUGAACAACUUGAAGAGUAAUGUAAAGCGAAUUGCAUCCAGUAAUCUGAAUCAGGCUGCACGGGAUGAGCUUCUCGAGGCAGGAAUGGCUGAUACAUUGGCGGUAUCAGCUAAUCAGAGGGACAGAUUGUUAAUGUCUACUGAAAGAUUGAACAACUCGAGCAACAGGAUUCGUGAAAGCAGAAAGGUCAUGCUGGAGACCGAAGAGCUCGGCGUCUCACUUCUCCACGACUUGCACCAACAGCGACAGUCUCUCAUGCAUGCUAAUAACACGCUGCAUGGCGUGGAUGACAACAUAAGCAGGAGUAGAAAAAUAAUAACAAACAUAUCGAGGAGGAUGGACCGCAACAAGUGGAUCAUUGGUACUAUAAUCACACUUUUGAUUAUUGCAAUUGCCGUGAUCUUAUAUUUCAAGUUAGUCAAGUAACCGAAAGGCUUGGGAUGAAGCAUUUGAGUUCUUGUUGAUAUAUCUAAUUAUGGCUGAGAGAUUGGAUUUCCUUAUUGUGCAUUCAAAAUCUGUAAAGUUGAGCUUCUUGUGAUACACAGUUAAUGAUGAGAAUUCUAAAUUGUAAUAUUGAAUAAAAAUCUUUGACGUGUGUUUAAGUGUGCAAAAAUUAUUUGCCCCCUUUACAUAUACAACAAUUUGGGCUCGAAAUUUGUAAUAAAUUUGAUACUUUAUUCUGUGUAAU